ACUCCUCCGAAUUUCACGCCCACAAUCCCAAACGCCAACAAGAAACCAUGGCGUCGACACAGCGGAGAAACGGGGCGCAAGGGCAAAGUACAACGCGUGUGCGAGAGCCGUUGGAUCUUGCUAGAUUGGCGUCCUGGAUGAUUAAACAGCCGUCGCUUCCAGUCAGCAUCCUAAGCUUUGAUAUGCUUCUCUCUUCACUUGAUAUUCAGCAAUUCGGCUUUGGCCAGUCUAAUCCUACGUAUCUCAUCCAAAUACGUCCAGGCGAUACGGGUAGUUCCAAACCGUAUUCGCUGGUAUUACGCCGAAAGCCUACGAAAAUUGUGCACAUGUCUGCCCAUGCCCUGCAUCGUGAGUACAAAGUCCUGCGAGCGCUCGCUCAGCACAACACCUUACACCCAGAUGGAAAGGUUCCAGUUCCCAAGGUGUACGCCUACUGCUAUGAUCAAUCCAUAUUAGGAGCCGAAUUUUAUGUAAUGGAGUUUGUGCAGGGAAGAAUAUUCACCGAUCCCUCCUUCCCCGGGCUUUCGACUUUCGAUCGCCAAACUGCGUAUCAACAAGUGUUGACGGUUCUCGCCAAUCUGCACGCUGUCGACUUAGACGAGGUGGGAUUGGCCACUUACGGUAAACGGGGACAUUACGUUUCUCGCCAGUUGGCACGACUACUCGCGAUCAGUCAUCAGCAAUCCAUUUUGGCGGGUGCUCGCGUCCCUGAAAUUGAAGCUUGUGCAAAAGCGUUGAGUGUACACGCUCCCGUUUGUCCCGAUGCCAUUUCGCUCCUGCAUGGUGACUUUAAAGUGGACAAUUUAGUAUUUCACUCUUCAGAACCGCGCAUUGUUGCCGUCCUGGACUGGGAGUUGUCAACGAUAGGGGAUCCUCUAUGCGAUGUUGCCAAUCUUUCUAUGAUGUACUACAUUCCACAUCCUUCCACAAUUGGUAUUGCUGGAAUCCAAGGGGUUGACUUCGAAGUGUUGGGACUACCAACCAGGCGCGACUUGGUACAUGGCUACUGCUCACGAAAUACUCUGAUCGAUGUUGACUCGGCUUGGGAAUGGAGCGGUUUCUAUCUGGCGUUUUUGUUUUUUAAAAACUGCGUGAUAGUACAAGGUGUUGCGCAGCGCGCAAAAGCAGGCGUCGCCAGCAGUGCGAUGGCCCAUCAAGUUGCCGAGCUCUUACCGACUGUACUGCAUUUGUGUCGAUACAUUAUACGUACACUCCCCCCUCCCUCUCCGACCAAUUUGAAGAGUCGCCUUUGA